GUCUGCAAGGAGAAGCAUCGCUUCGAGCGGCUGAUGGACUAUUUCCGCAACGAGGACAGCAGCAUCGACUUCAUGGUCGCCUGCAUGCAGUUCAUCAACAUCGUGGUGCACUCGGUGGAGGACAUGAACUUCCGCGUCCAUCUCCAGUACGAGUUCACCAAGCUGGGGCUGGAGGAGUUCCUGCAGAAGUCGAGGCAUACGGAGAGCGAGAAGCUGCAGGUGCAGAUCCAGGCGUACCUGGAUAAUGUCUUCGAUGUGGGGGGGCUGCUGGAGGAUGCUGAGACCAAGAACGUGGCCCUGGAGAAGGUGGAGGAGCUGGAGGAGCAUCUGUCCCACCUAACGGAGAAGCUGCUGGACCUGGAGAACGAGAACAUGAUGCGGGUGGCAGAGCUGGAGAAGCAGCUGCUGCAGCGGGAGAAGGAGCUGGAGGUGGUAAAGGAGACCUACGAGCGCACGAACCACCAAGUGCACACGCUGCGGCGGAUGAUGAAGGAGAAGGACGAGGCUUUUCGGCGACGCUACGGCUCCGAGCCGCCCCCCGUGCUGGCCACCGAGCUCCCCCCCCAGCCCGAGCCCGAGCCCCUGGAGGAGGCCCUGUGCGUCCCUGUCCUGCCCCCCGCAGAGGCUGCACCCCCCCCGCCCCCCCCGCCACCCCCCCUGCCACCCCCAGCCCCCCCGCUCCCAGGCAAGUGCCCCCCAGCCCCACCGCUGCCGGGGGCUUCGCCCUCCAUCGCCCUCACCGUUGGGCUCUCAGCCAUCCGGAUCAAGAAGCCCAUCAAAACCAAAUUCCGGCUGCCCGUCUUCAACUGGACGGCGCUGAAGCCCAACCAGAUCAGUGGGACGGUGUUCAGCGAGCUGGACGAUGAGCGGGUGCUGGAGGACCUCGACCUGGAGCGCUUCGAGGAGCUUUUCAAGACCAAAGCGCAGGGUCCAGCCCUCGACCUGGUCUGUGCCAAGAACAAGGCGUCGCAGAAGGUGGCCACCAAGGUGACGCUGCUGGAAGCCAACCGUGCCAAGAACCUGGCCAUCACCCUGCGCAAGGCGGGCCGCGGCGCCGAGGAGAUCUGCAGGGCCAUCCACACGUUCGACCUGGCGACGCUGCCGGUGGACUUUGUGGAGUGCCUGAUGCGGUUCCUGCCGACGGAGGCGGAGGUGAAGGCGCUGCGGCAGUACGAGCGGGAGCGCAAGCCGCUGGAGGAGCUGGCGGACGAGGACCGCUUCAUGCUGCAGUUCAGCAAGGUGGAGCGGCUGCCCCAGCGCAUGGCCAUCAUGGCUUUCCUCGGCAACUUUGCCGAAAACCUCCAGAUGCUGACACCGCAGCUCAAUGCCAUCAUCGCAGCCUCAGCCUCUGUCAAGUCCUCCCAGAAGCUGAAGCACAUGUUGGAGAUCAUCUUGGCGCUGGGCAACUACAUGAACAGCAGCAAACGUGGUGCCGUCUACGGCUUCAAACUGCAGAGCCUGGACCUGCUCCUGGACACCAAGUCGACGGACAGGAAGAUGACGCUGCUGCAUUUCAUCGCGCUGACGGUGCGGGAGAAGUACCCCGAGCUGGCAACCUUCUGGCAGGAGCUGCACUUCGUGGAGAAGGCGGCUGCAGUGUCCCUGGAGAACGUACUGAUGGAUGUGAAGGAGCUGGGCCGGGGAAUGGAGCUGCUGCGCCGGGAGUGUGGGCUGCAUGAGAACAGCGUCCUGCGCGCCUUCCUGGCUGCCAGCGAGGGCAAGCUGGAGCGGCUGCAGAAGGACGCACGGACAGCCGAGGACGCCUACAACACGGUGGUGCGGUAUUUUGGCGAGAGCCCCAAGACGACCCCCCCGUCCGUCUUCUUCCCGGUCUUUGUCCGGUUCAUCCGCUCCUACAAGGACGCGGAGCAGGAGAAUGAGACACGGAAGAAGCAGGAGGAGGUGAUGCGGGAGAAGCUGUUGGCGCAGGAGGCCAAGAAGCAGGAGAAGCGGAACAAGUGGCAGCAGCAGGAGCUGAUCGCGGAGCUGCGGCGGCGCCAGGCCAAGGACCAUCGCCCCGUCUAUGAGGGCAAGGACGGCACCAUCGAGGACAUCAUCACCGCGCUGAAGAGCGUCCCCUUCACCGCCCGCACUGCCAAGCGGGGCUCGCGCUUCUUCUGCGACCCGUCCCACCACGACGAGUCCAGCUGUUAGCCCCCAGCCCGCAGGUGCAUCCGCCUGUAGCUGAGCGAGGGUAAGGACCCCGGUGGCGGGGGGGGGGGGGGGGGGGGGCGGGGCAGCUGGGGCUGCCUCGGUUUCCCCUCCUCACCCCACGCUGCCCCCCCCGGUGCUGGGGAGGGGUCCGUCCUGCCCCCCGACACUGUGCUGGGAGGGGCACGGCCUCCUGCCAUCGUCCUCCCCCCCGCCCCCCCCGGGCUCACAGGUGGCAUCCCUGUCCCCUGCACCUGGGGGGGGGGUGUCUCACUGCCUGGACCACCCACCGAGCUUGCCCGCGGCAUAGGCCAAAUCCCACCCCCGGCUGUGGUGGGGGCCCAGCGCCUGUGGCUGACCCACGGGGUGUCCCCUCCCCAUUGGGGUCACUGCCCCAGAGCCCCCAGCCCACUGUGGGGACCACAGGGGGGGCCCCCCCCCUGCCGCGCUCGUCACUUUGACCACUGAUGUGAACACUAAUUGCCAAAAAAAGGGACCAAAGCCAGGCCGGGGUUGGGGGGGGGGGGUGUUGGAGGCAGCAGGAUGGUGCCCACCACCCCGGACCACCCCCCUCCUCCCCGGACCCCCUCCCAGUGACUUUUUGUACAUGUGAAAUAUAUGGAGUCUUGUACAUGG